AUGGCACACUACAAAGGAGCCGCAUCUGAAGGAGGGCGAGCCAUGCAGUUGCAGAAGCAACGUGAGAAGGCUCUAGAAGAUUUAGAGCUUCGAAAGAAAAAGAUUGAAGAAGAGCUGAAGAUAUCUAAUAUGGGCAAUAAGUUUGCCACCCAUUAUGAUGCCAUCGAACAGCAGAUUAAAUCAUCCACCGUCGGUUUGGUCACUUUAGAUCAGAUGCGGGCACGGCAGGAGGACUUGGUGAAAGAGCGAGAACGACAACUGGCACUUAAACAGGAAACAAUUGCAAAACGAGAAAUUGAGUCAAAAAUUGAGCAAAAGGAAAAACAAAAACGACAGAUCAAAGCGCUGUCGUUCAGAUUUGAUGACGAGGAAGAGGAGGAGGAAGAAGAGGACUUUCAGCCGAUUAAAAAAGCUCCCAAAAAAGAAAAGGAUCAAGUUGAAAAGGAAGAAGUUACAACAGAGCAGCCGGAGUUAAAAGAUGAUGAAAAUGAACCCAAAACAAAAGUGCUAAAGAAAGUAACUAAAAAUCCUGAUGUGGACACCAGCUUCCUGCCUGAUAGAGAACGAGAGGAAGAAGAAAAUCGUCUGCGCGAGAAACUUCGACAGGAAUGGAGUGAAAAGCAGACAAAGUUGAAGAACGAAGAAAUUGAAAUUACUUUUAGCUACUGGGAUGGUUCUGGCCAUCGACGAGCCGUGGUUAUGAAGAAGGGCAACAGUAUCUACCAGUUUCUACAGAAAGCACUUGAACUACUGAGAAAGGAGUUUCACGAGCUGCGUACGGUCACUACCGACCAGCUCAUGUACAUCAAGGAAGAUCUGAUCAUUCCGCAUCACUACACCUUCUACGACUUUAUUGUCACAAAGGCACGAGGUAAAAGUGGGCCACUUUUCAACUUCGACGUUCACGAUGACGUGAGAUUAGUCGCUGAUGCCACUGUGGAGCGAGAUGAGUCUCACGCCGGUAAGGUGCUGAUGCGCAGCUGGUACGAAAGAAACAAGCACAUCUUCCCUGCGAGCAGGUGGGAACCUUACGACCCGCUAAAAAGUUAUGAGAAGUACACAAUUUGCGAUAAAACGAAUAAAAAGUAG